AAAUAAAUUUUUAAAAAGAGCCAUGCAUGGUAGAAUAAUGACAGUGUUCCAUGAUCUGAGGAUUAGGAUUGAUUUGAUUCAGUGCACUUGAGGUGUAUUUUAAAAAUAUACAUUGAGGGGCCUAAGUCCUGACAUUGUGAGAGGAGCUGGUGAUAAAAAGAUGAAUCAUUCUUCCUCUGAAGGAUCAGCUUCCUGGGAAGACAAAUACCCAACUAACUGUGAGAAGUGGUGUACUAGUGUGACAAGCAACAAGUUGGGGCAACAUAAAGGAAGUGCUGUAUGAUAUGGUCCUUGGAGGAUGCCAAGGCAGAGAAGAGUUGAGGAAGGCAUGCGUUCAGCUUCUUGUGGACAUUAGUCUCAUACCAUGGGGGACUGGAAUUUAUUGGGUGGCAUCCUAGAGGAAGUUCACUCCCAUUCAACUAUAGUGGGGAAAAUCUGGCUGACCAUUCUCUUCAUUUUCCGAAUGCUGGUACUUGGUGUGGCUGCUGAAGAUGUCUGGGAUGAUGAACAGUCAGCCUUUGCCUGCAAUACCCAGCAGCCCGGUUGCAAAAAUAUCUGUUAUGAUGAUGCUUUCCCUAUCUCUUUGAUCAGGUUCUGGGUUUUACAGAUCAUUUUUGUGUCUUCUCCUUCUCUGGUGUAUAUGGGCCAUGCACUUUAUAGACUCAGGGCCUUUGAGAAGGAGAGGCAGAAGAAAAAGUCACACCUCCGAGUCCAGAUGGAGAAUCCAGAGCUUGAACUGGAGGAGCAACAAAGGAUAGACAGAGAGCUGAAGAGGUUAGAGGAGCAGAAGAGAAUCCAUAAAGUCCCUCUGAAAGGAUGUCUGCUGCGUACUUAUGUCUUACACAUCUUGACAAGAUCUGUGAUGGAAGUAGGGUUCAUGAUAGGCCAGUAUAUUCUCUAUGGGUUUCAAAUGCAUCCCCUUUACAGAUGCACUCAGCCCCCUUGCCCUAAUGCAGUGGAUUGCUUUGUAUCCAGGCCCACAGAGAAGACAAUUUUCAUGCUCUUUAUGCACAGCAUUGCAGCCAUAUCUUUGUUCCUCAAUGUACUGGAAAUAUUUCAUCUUGGAAUCAAGAAAAUUAUGAGGGCACUUUAUGAGAAAUCCAGCAAUGAGGGCAUUGAGAAGGAAAGUGGCACCCCAUUACAUUUGAAAAAAUAUUCAGUGGCCCAGGAGUGUAUAAUUUGCUCUCCCUUGCCUAAAAGAAUCUCUCUACUUCAAGCCAACAAUCAACAGCAAGUCAUUCGAGUCAAUGUGCCGAAGUCUAAAACCAUGUGGCAAAGCUCACAGCCCAUGCAACUUGAAGUAGACCCUUGUGUUAAAAAAGAGUGGGUUGAGAAGGAUCAGCACAGUGGACAGCUCCAUGUUCACAGCCCUUGUCCCUGGGAUGAUGGCGCUCAAAUUCAGCACCCUAGACAGCAAACACGCCUUUCCUGUGUCCAGCAAAACGGCAACUCCCGCUCCUGGCUAGGUACAGAGAUAGAUCCUAGACACUGCCCAUCCUAUGCAACAGGAGCCUGGGAGCAGUCCCAGGAUCGACGAACCUCAGGAGAGCCUCUCACAGAUUUGCACAGUUACUGUAGAGACAGCGAUAGCAGUGUGAGAAAGAGUGGGGUCUGGACAGACAGAUCUCACCCGGGCAGUCGCAAGGCCAGCUUUCUGUCCAGAUUGCUGUCUGAAAAGGGACAGUUGCACAGUGACUCAGGAAGCUCCAGUUCUCGCAAUAGCUCUUGCUUGGACCUUCUGCACCGGGAAAAUAGCCCCUUGCCUCUGCCUUCAGCCACUGGGUAUAGAACAUCAAUGAACAUGCUUCUAGAACUUUCAUCUAUUAUGAAAAAAUAAUUCAUGCAUGGGGCCAGAAAAAUGGACCGAGGAGCAGCCGGCAUCUGUGGCAGAAAAGUUGCACUUUGAUAGCUCAAACUGUGAGAAGAACUGUGGGAACCAUUCCCUCCACAGAGACACCCACUGGGCAAUGGGUGUGUACAGGGUGGCCCCAGCUGGGCCCACCUGCACAGGAGAUUCUCCUCUGAUGGGGCUGGAUGGACCUCUCACUGCCCCACCUGGCCUCACUACCAGUGCUGUGUCAGACAGGAGGAGGCAGGGAGGAAGUGUGCACCAGGAGAGAAAAUCUCGGGAGGUGGCAAUGAGGUGUGGAGAUAUGAAGAGGCAUGAGCUGUUCCAGAGUGAGUUGUUAGAAGAGCCAGUGAAGACCAGGUGGAUGAAAAUGAUGCCGGGGCCAAGUCCAAGUGGGUACCACAAAGGGGCACACCAGAUUCCAGGUGCUUAAGAUGCAUCAGCUCUACCUUGUACAGCUGUGGAAGAUUAUUGUUGAUCCCCACUUUAUAGAUCAGAGGAAGCUCAAAGAAACUGAGGAACGUGCCCCACAGCUAAAGGUCGCAUGGCUGAAGUGUCUGCUCUACAGCUGGAUACAAACCUGGAUCUCGCUGCUCCAAGGCUCGGGUUCCUGCCAGGAAGCGUUGAAGCUGUGCACUCCCUGGCCGUGACAGUCCGCAGCCCCUGGGCAACAAUUGAUUUGCACAGCUGCCUGUCCAACUAGCCUAUGGAAGCUAUAAGGAUAAGGGCCGUGCAUUUUAAAUCUUGGAUGCCCAGCUCGCAGUACAGUGUUGGUUGAAUGAAUGUUUGUUUCUGUAUGGAUGCCAAAGACAAUAUAUGACCUUUCAACUCUC